AUGCCCGUCUACUCCUUCUACAUUUUUGACCGCCACGCGGAAUGCAUCUACAAACGUCGCUGGCUCCCACGCCCGACCUCCAUCGCCGGGAAACCGUCGCGCGCCACGGACGCCCAAGCGGGUUCAACAGGAUUGGGACAGACUGUCAAAGCGGGCGAUGAUGACGCGAAGCUGGUUUUUGGGACAGUCUUUUCGCUGCGGAACAUGGUGCGCAAGUUGGGGGGUGAAGAGGACAACUUCGUGUCCUUCACCACCAGCCAGUACAAGCUUCACUAUUACGAGACGCCGACAAACAUCAAAUUCGUCAUGUUGACCGACCUGAAGAGUCCCAGUAUGCGGAUCGCCCUGCAACAGAUCUAUAUCAACCUCUUCGUCGAAUACGUUGUCAAGAACCCCCUCUCCCCAGUCGAGCAUCCAGGCGGCGUGGGCGUAAACAACGAGCUCUUCGAAGAGUCGCUGGAACAGUUCGUGACUCGAGUUCUCGCAUGA